CUCACAACCCUACGGCCGGUGCGGGCCUGCCACCUCCCUGCAACUGGUGGCUAUAUCGGGCGUCAAAUCCAUUUCAUUACUGUACCCUCACUUAUAAGCAUCCUUACACAGCUCGACGCGUUCCACAUUGGCUCUGACUCUGUAUCUACAAUGAAAGCAAAAUCAAAGCCCUAUCAAACUAGACUCUACCCUAGCAUGCCUGUGAAAGCUUCACCGUCCAUAAUGCCGUGGAUGUACGAAUCACCUAUGAAAGUAUAUCCUUCUUCUAGCUCUGACUCCCCAGCAACCCCAGUAGCCCGAUGA